AUGGAACUUUUUGACGUGGGUCGACAUUGCGCUAACCCUGACUGUAAGCAAUUAGAUUACCUUCCCAUUAAAUGUCAAUAUUGCAAAAAGAGUUUUUGUUCGGAACAUUCGAAACCAGUAGAACAUAAUUGUGCCGAUGCACCCAAGGGAGAUGGCGAACGGGUUCCAAUUUGCCCUUUAUGUAAUUCUCCGGUCCCCGUCAGUCGUGGCGAAGAUCCAAAUAUAAGGAUGGAUAGACAUAUAGCGAAUGACUGCCGUCCGCCACCUGCAAGCACUUCAACAAAACCAUUUAACUCAUGUUCUUUCAAAACCUGCAAAGCACGAGUUGCCGUUCGGCUGGUUUGCUCUGGAUGCGGCAAAACUUAUUGUAUUAAACAUCGAUUAGAGCCCGAUCAUAUGUGUGAAGAAGUGAAAAAAGAAAACAAAAAGUCCAAUAUUUCCAAAUUUGAAGCUAAACCGACAAAACUGACAAAUACACCAUCUACAUCAAAGAAUAAUAAUACAUCAACCAAAAUACCAAAAACUAGAACAGUCAAAGCUUGGUUAUAUAAUACCGCACUUCAAACAUUUUAG